AUGCCACCAUUUGCAGUAUUCAGCAGUCGCUUCUCCGAUCGCUGGUCAGCUAAUGGGAGUAUUGAAACAGAUAUCCCGGGGAGCUUUCCAUUCAUUAUCAGUACUCCAGUCCAGAGACGAACUCGCGCACAAAACAGACAAAUCAGAAGCCAUGCUGCGAAGGCGGGUACUUGCGACCGGCAGCGGAAACCGAACUCUAGAUCAUUUUCAAGACGUAACCGUGCCAUGAGAUCGGGUGACAUGACGCCCGAACACCCAAGUCAACUGGUAGCUGUGCCUACUCUUGGCCCUGGUUUAGAAUUGAUAGAAGCUCCGGGACUCGCCUUUUCUGCUGCCUUGACACCCCUUCUUCUCUACAACCUCGGCAAAUUUCCCUCCAACUUCUGCAUCAAGAGCUCAUUGGUUUCAGUUUUCUCCUUGCUAUCUACAAAGAUGUACCCUGAGAGACUUUGUGCCGAGGCAGAUAGUGAAGAUGUACAUUGGGUGGGAACCAUGUUUCAUAACCAGAUGUACUUCCAUUCAGUCGUUUCAGCUACCGAGGCCUUUUUCAACACACCGGGAGAAGGCAACCGUCUCCUGAAGUCUCAGCACCAUUCUUUCAUGGCACUUCAGCUUCUGCAGGACAAAGUAUCUGAGGAGGACGUAACGAUUUCUACCUCAGAUACGACUAUCAUGUCUGUUCUCUUAUUAGCUGUUGCAGCAGAGAUGGCCGGUGAUCUACCAACAGUUGACCGUCACCUCCGUGGUCUGAAGAGGAUGAUUGAUAUGAGAGGCGGGUUCCAAGUACUGCACACGGAAGUACCCGAUCUUCUUGCCAAGAUCUGUCGGAUCGAUCUCGCCCUUGCUGUGAGAACAUGGAGAGAUCCCGUAUUCUUCCACGACUCAAUUUCGUGGACCCCGUAUCUACUGUCCAACUGCGCAAGAAGCGGAGAAAGUGAUGCUGUCCAAUCGAGCCUGGCUUUAUGGAUCGGCACACUAGAUUACAGGCUACGGACAGUGUGGGAUGACCUUGUCGAGUUUUGCUCAAUGAGUAACUCGGCAUCUCAACGAAAUCAGAAGCUGCCUCGAAAUACGUUUAGCGAGAUUCUGCUUUCUCUAGUAUAUCGAUUGCUGAAUCUUUCAUUUGACUUGGACUCUGCAGAGGAAACGAUUCGACUUGGCAUGCUCGCGUACACUUCGAUGAUGUUCCUCCAAUGGCAUAACCAUAUUGUCGAAUUCUAUCACCUGCGAUGCAUGCUAGGAGCGACGUUGAGGAAUCUCGAUAAUGAAAAAUCCGGGCUUUCUCUUCCGGUACAAUCAUGGCUAUUCUUCGCGUGGCAUAUGCUGCAACCUCCUGAAUGCGAGUACCGACAACUGGACAUCUGGUUUGAGAGACUUCUAUAUGCUGGUGGUCUGUCUACCUGGUCUGCGGUACGGCAAUUACUUCGAUCAACAGCAUGGAUUGAUCAUAUCAAUGACUUUGAUGGGGAGAACGUAUAUAGCCGCACGAUGAUGCGAUUGUCACAACGAUAG